CCACCGUUCACCGUUUACAGCGCCAGAACCCUGCACGCGCGCCCCGACAGUCGACUUCUCGGUCUUCGCGACAGAACGUCCUCAUACCGCAACCCUAUCUUCCCCUUAUACGGCCUAUACAGCACGGGAGACGGAGAAACUCGUCAGGUCCCAUUCCCACAAAAGCUCUCAGCCCGCAUCAGCACGAAAGCCACAAGAAAUUACAAGCCACUGGAAUUGUAUCCAUAUCAUUGGCGUGUCUUUCAGCCUUAUCAGCCAUACACAAUUUCCCAGGUCUCAGGACAACCGGUAAUCAGGUACCAUUCAGUAGCUUGGCUCAAACCAUCCCGUGCCCCUCUCUUAUCUUGUCUCAAAGGACGAGGGGAGGUCGAAGGUUCCAUAUCAAUACUCUCUGUCUCGGAAUCCUGGACGAUAGAAGUCGUCGAUAUUGAGGUGCGCAAUCCUUUCUGGCUUCUCGGAGUAGAAAUAUUUUUAUUGACGGAGCUGUCUACAUAUAUUCUGUCCGCUCCUUCAAUCACACCUCCUCUUCUACUCUCUUAGCCCACAGCCCCACUACCAUCUCAGCAUCUACGUGUCGACUGGCAACUACCGGAUCAGAUCACGUUCAAUCUGAACUUUCAGCGCCGCAUCUCCUUCGCGACCGUUCUUUGAACACCUCAGAAACCGUAGCCGGUUUACGGAUAUUCAUCUCUAUUCACGGCACAAGCAAUUCACUUGCAGGACAAUGCCUCUCAAGAACAGGAGGCCGGACUUUCCUGUGCUCAUCUUACCGUCGGAAGUAUUUGACGAAAACGACGAUAGUAUGAGAAGCGUCCGUACUCCAGCGCCAUUUACCCCCAUCGCGUUUGAAGAGGGUGGCCUCCCAAUGACUCCCGAUGAAGGCGUGUACGAUUUACCAACAGGCAACACCACCGGUGAUAAUGAGAGAACAUCUGAAGGGAUUUUUGAGAUGGGAAAGGAAUGGACAGAGGAUGAGGAUGGGAUCUUGCAAGGAUAUCUGGCCCAUCCCCCUCAACCUCUCGGCUUGAAAUACCCUCCUACAGUACUUCUACCUUCGGCUGCACUUGACGUGAUAACCUCUCAGAUAGUCGCCACCCAUUCCCGAAUCGACUCCUCGCCUUGGAAGCAUUCUUGGAAUGCCACUCGCCAGCGGCUGUUUGCGAUUGCGAGGAGAGAGAGUUUACAGGCAGUCGGUGGCCACCGGCGGCUGAAAUCAGAUUCAAUCAUACCCCAAUUACGAGGAGUGAACGAUGGGAUCACCUCGUGGGGAUCAUUGGAAAUGAACAGACGCCAAAACCACAGUAUGGACAGUCUCUUGGGAGACGAUGCUCCGAGGGAAAUAUCGGAGGCUCUGAGGUUGUCCGAUCGUUUGCAGACGACUGCCACGACGGGCGGAGAUACAACGAUGCUAACAUCGGACGGAGCACUGUCGUCUCCCAUCAUAGGUGUCUGCCCCCCCCUACUUGGUGCAAAGCCGUCUUCGUUAUCGAGCAAUGACGCCUCCGGGUUAUUGAAGCGCCCAACGUCGCUUCUUCAACGCGGGCGUUCUUUUACUCUUGCCGACGUCGCUCGCGAACAGGCUAUGGCUUCCAUCGACUUUGAUGAUGAUGCCACAUCGACGUCUUCACGGGUAUCCUCUCGUCCAGACCUGCAUCGGUCUGUGACUAGUCCAGCUUCAGUUCCUUACUCUUCGCCGCCGUCAUCCGUGUCGAGCAAAUCUGACUGCGACGUCCCAUGGGUAUAUCUUCCGCCGGCCAAGGCCGAGUCGCCUCUAGGGUCGGAAUGUAAUACGCCAACACAAUCCAUUAGUGUACCCGUACGCGAAGCGUCUUCGUUUACCUCUCCCACGCGCGAGUUUGCCUGCCUGUCGCUCUUCCCCACGGACUCUGUUCCCAUUUCAGCAAACAUGGAAGCUUCUUCGUCUUCCCCUUCCCUGAAGCGCGCUUUCCGGGUUCGCCCUCCCCCUCUUCAGCGAUCAUACUCCGAUGGCAAGGUUUCUUCAGAAAUGACCGGAUUCGCCUCGCUUUCUUCUCCUCGGGAGAACAAGCGAAUGAGAGCGGAUCUUCCAAGUACGACGGCGGCGAGUGUGGCGAACGGCGGGUUCGAGGCGAAGACGGUCGGAGCCGGUCCGCGGGAACGGACAGGGCUGGGAGGGACUUUGAGCCUUGGUUUGGCCCAAGACAAAGUCGGUCUGGGAGCGCCUUUGCGAGGGCUGGAACCGCCAUUGUUCUCGGCAGGUCGCGAGAAAUAGCACAAGAAGCAUCAUUUCCGGGAAUUCGAGUAGACAUGUCCUCAGCAUAUAAUCAUACAGCAUCAUUAGAAAAGGGUCAGUGAUGUUCACCGUGUUGCUCAAUACGCAGUACGAGCAUUGUAACUUUUAAUAUAAUACAUCACAAUCACAUCAUUGUUCAGUGUCAGCAUGCAUCUGGCUUCGACUUCUCGA